GUUGAGCCUUUUUGCAGGAUGAUAUGGAAAAUGCAGUGGCUGUUUUUGCUCUACGUUUUAUUUGAUCUUACAGGUGGUUUAUCAUUGCAGGUAGUACAUCAAGGAAUAGAGUCAGUCAAUGGAUCUAAUGUGACAAUGGGAUGUACUCCACUAGUAGGUGGUGUGAUGGUGUGUGGGUCACUAAGCUAUCUGUUUGAUAGUUGCUCUCCUGAUAUUGACACA